AUGAUUUUAUUCCAAUUACCCGUUGAAUUAAUCCAAAAAGUUUUCAGUAAACUAUCAAACAACGAAUUGCAACAUUAUUUCAACCUCCAGGAAUUACUAGCAACAACCACUGAUCAAAUAACUGACAGUUCCUAUUUACCUAUUAGACUUAUUGCCUUAUCAGCUUACUUUUACAACAAAUCAGUUAUUAUUUCAAAUACUGUUGGCGAGCAUUAUAAACAUAUCCAAAAACACAAUACUGAUAUCUAUGUAUCCUUAGAUGAUUUGCAAUCGCUUUUCAUUAAUAAUUUUAUCAUUAGACCAAAACAAAUUUUUAUCUACAUUACUGAUGAUACUGAUCAAAAUUCUUGUGGUUGUCAACUAAACCUUUCACAUAUCAGUUUUAUACACAAACUAACUCAAUUUUUACCUAUCAUGAUGACUCAAUACUGUUAUGGUUCCGGUACUAAAGUCAAUCUUUCCGUAAGUUUAUCCACUACUGAUGGUUUAAAAUCUUUAUAUGAAUUAUUGCAUAACAUUAAAGCGUUUCAAAAGUUAUCGAUCAAAUAUACAGCCAAGGGAACUUUAGACAUAGCCAAAGACCAACUCCAAGAUUUGAAGAUUGAUACCAUGGAAUUGCAAUUCUUCAAUCAAUAUAAGUUGAUUGACAAUUUACAAGCAAAUAAUAAUCAGCUUUUAAGUAUUAAUCAUUUGCAAUUAAGUUACAACCUGAUCAGCAAUUUGUAUUUUUUCCCAUGCUAUUCUAACUUGAAAUCAUUGAACUUAUCUAACAACAACCUUGUUUGUAUAAAUAACGAUAACUUCAAUUGGGAAAAACUAUAUAAUUUGGAAGUACUAGACUUGUCAAACAAUAACAUCAUUGAAAUAAAUUUAACCAACAGAAGAGGUACUGGAAAUUAUAAAUUGCGGUCAUUAAAUUUGUCAACCAACAAUUUAAGAGCGUUGCCAAAUUUUCAGCAGUGCAAAUUCUUUGAAAAUUUACAAGAUCUAAACUUGUCAAGAAAUGCAAUAACACAGUUGUCAAUUAAAUCCUUCCCCAACUAUUUGGAAACAUUGUGGCUUAAAGGGAAUUACUUGUCGCAGUUGAUUGACGAACUUAAUGGUGAAAUCUUCCCCAAAUUAUUGCAAUUUUUAGAUUUAACUUAUUGUAAGAUUAUAUCGCUCGAUAGUGAUUAUCAAUACCAGGCCACUGUUAUCGAAAAAUUGAUUCUGGUUGAAAAGCUAAACAAUCUAAAAGUGCUCCAACUAGAAUUCUAA